AUGCAUAGUCGGUCAUCAGAGAGCCGUAAUGGCUACCAACGGGUGUCACAUUCACCAGACUGGCAGCGAAAAGAACAAUGUCGUCGAGUCGGAAGAAAGGAGAGCAUAGCUUUCUUAUUCACGGUCAACACCCCCAUCCACCCCGGUCAUAAAGCUGGCGUGAAGAAGGGAUACGCACUAUGGCUGGUCCCAUCGAGUACCGAAUUCACUGCCUUCUCUGAAUUCAUGAAAUUCCGCCCCCAGUCAUACACACUAGACUCGCACUCUCGCUCCUACCCCUCCUUCGACCCACACAUCACCCUCGCCACCUUUGAUGUUCUCCCAUCCUCAUUCAACCUCGACGCCAUCCCCCUCGACAAUCUCAGCCGGCCCGUGGCGUCCUUUGACUCGAUAAAAUGCGGAAACAGCUACCUUGGCGCCCUCUCUAUCAGGAUCUCCCAAUCCAGCAAGCUGAUGCGCCUCCACGAAGCAGUCACCAGGCACCUCAGUACUCUGAACAUUCAAUGGAAGAGCCGUAGCUUCCCUCACAUGUCGCUCUUUUACGUUGACGAGCCGGAUGAGCGAAAACGCCUCGAGGCCGAGCUCAAAAGCAGCGGGCGGAUCCAAUCGUACGACGGGGGCAGAUGCCUGAAGUUGACCGCCAACCCAACCAGCACACAAUCAGCACAAGUGAAGAGAUUUACUGGGGCAGAGAUUUGGUUGGUCGACUGCACGUCGCGUUCGGUGAAGCAGUGGUGCAUGAUGAAGAAGAGAUCUUUGGUCUUCCCCGCUUCCCGGCCACCACCACCAAAGAAGACAGCCCCGAAGAAGCGGACAGCCGCACAUACUACCCCCCACAAAAGACGUGCUCACCCUGAAUAUCUCGCUGUGCCACCUAAACCUCGCCACCACCGCCGCCGACCUACCUCUCCUAAUCGCCUGUUUACAAGUCAGUCCCAACGCAGCUCUUCAAAGUACAGGACGUUCAAAUGCGGCGUGUGCAAGGAUGAUACUUCGUCAAUUGAUUGUAGCAUGCCUCUAAACACCACGAAACCAAUGAGUUAUUUCCUCGACGACUUCCACCAGAAUUUCCUGUAUUACAAUAUGACUCGAGAGCAUAUUAGUAGGAGGAUUACGUUCAAGGAAGGAACGUACGAGAGACUUGGGCACUCUUAUAAUUUAAGCCCCAUCUUCUUUGAAGGAAUAGUAACACGCGAAAAGAGAGCAAUGGCUAAGAAAAUUUGAUAAGUGUCGGGAUUCCAAACCCAGUCACCACCCAGUGAUGGAGUCAGGCCGAAGAGAGCUGAGAUCGAAAAGAUCAUAUAUAGUAUUGUCUCGCCGCUCGUGAAGCUCGCGAGUGACUAGCGAAGUCAGAGUAUUUAAAUUUGAAUUCAUUUCCUACACACGGCACGUGGAUGCGAAUUAGCGGCUCUCGGUAUUACAAAACCUUGACGUUGUUACUUGAAAAAAAAAAAACAUAGACUGAGUUCGUCUAGAACUCUUCGCUAAAAUUAAAGAG